AUGGACGCGCUACACGACCCGCUCGGCGACUUGAGAGGCUUCUACUCAGAGUUGGUUGAUGCAAAGCGCGGCGCGAGCACCUCGACGCUGUCCCCCGUGAAACGAGGGCCACGAUCUCAGAAGAGGCCCGCCGCCCGCCUGUUCACCUGCAAUGUGGUCCUGAGGAGUGCCGCGGAUGCCGCCCUCGCCUCCGCAGAGGAAGACCCGGCAGGAGAGACGGAGCUAGCCGCGGCACCGCUCAAGUCGACGGCCGAGCCCAAGGUCUACGAGAGCGCGGCGCCGCUUGAGCUGUUCGACGACACCGAGUACGACUGUCGCCCUGUCGCCGAGUGGGCGGCGCUCACAGGCGAGACUCUGCUCGGCCGGUAUUUCCGCCGCGCUGCCGAUGGCACUGGCUCGUGGUCGCCGUGUGCAGUCCUCUCCUUUGAUGCGUCGGCGGGGCUCUUCACCGUUGCUCCGCUGGACGAAGGGGGGAAGAGGUCGCUGACCACGGCGACUGUCUCGCGCGUAAACCUCUGCUUCGAUGCAGAGGACCCAUUCGUCUUUGCCGAGCGCGUCGCCGCAGCGCACGCAGCCCGACACGCAGCCGCGGAGAGGAUGCUAUUCGAGCUUUGCGUCGACAGCAUGCCGACCGACGGCUUACCGCAGAUCGAGGCGUCGCGGAUGUCGCGGAUCUCUAAGCUCGCAGCCAGCUCCGCCCAGUUUGCCUCCCCGCGCCUGGCCAACUUCUCCGAACAGCUGGCCGGAGAGGUCCAGGCGCUGCACGCCCGUGCGCUCGCCUCGAUGGUGCUCCGCUCGCAGGCGAACGCGGCGCGGGAGGGAGACCACCAGGCGGCGGCCGCAUUUUCGAACGUGGCCGUCGCCGCGACGAGCAAGGUUCGAGCCGAGUGCAACCGGGUGCUCGACCUCAGCCUCUUCUCUCUCGACCUGACCAAGUCUGUUCCGAGCGAAGAGUUUGCACAGCUCCAGGCGACGCACCUCAGCGGGGUGACGCCCUUCCUCCGAGAGCACUGGCCCGCAAGCAUCAAGAAUGCGCUGCGCGGCCUCUUCAAGGACCUCGGCAAGGGCUGGUUCAACAUCCACGAGACGCGCAGCGAGAUUUACGACCAGUCGAAGCUCAAGCGAUUCUUCCGGAUGGCGGCACUCAUGAUGCAGGACGCUGUCGUCUCCAUGGCUGAGGCGUCGGUGUCUUCGUACGUGAACACAAUCUGCGAGCGAUGCGACCACGUUGUUACGGUGCGGUCGGCUUCCGAUGUGAGCGUGGUCUCGGCGGGCGCGUCGGGCGCGGGGCUCUUCACGCUCGAGCUCGCGGUCGGCGAAGACGGCGCGUUCUUUCGCGUGCCCCCCGCGAUGUGCAAGGACGCCGUCCUCUCUGUGUACGCGCGCGGCGUCGAGGCCACCCUCGGCAUCCCGCAGAUUGAGCGCCAGGUGAUGGAGUCGCUCUUUUGGUCGGACACGCCGAUGCUGCAGACCCUCUCGCGGGGCGAGGGCUUCGUCGCGGAGCAGCAAGCGCGCUUGUCCGACGCUGUCGAGAAGGCCUUGCCGCCCGCCGCCGAGUACCUUGCGACCUUCGCUCAGUACCGCGACUACCUCAUCCUCGAUGAAGCGGCGUUCGCGGCCAAGUACGAGGCGGACGAGCGGCCGAUUGCAGAGAUGGUUCCAGAGGCAAAGAAGCACCUACAGCUGGCUGCUGAAAUGGAGGAGGCCAUCCCCUUGCGGAUGCCACUCGGGCUCUUCACGGUGUCGUGCACCGCGGUGCGCAAUACCCUCGUCGAGCGGCAUCGGUCGUUGGCCGCCAUCAUCGUCAAGCGCAUGAGCGCAGCACCAAUGCACUCGGCGCACGAGACUGGCAAGCGGUUUGCCGGUGUGCUGCAGAGGCUCAACCAGCCGACCGAGACCAUCGAGGAGGUCGCAGAGCUGGAGGAGUACGCGCGGCAGCUCCCGGCCGAGCUUGCUGAGCUGCAAGAGGGCAUUAAGGCCAUGGUGGCGGAGCAGGAGGUCGUGGACCAGUUUGAGAUGGUGUCGCCGGACGCCGACGUCAAGGCGUUUUGGGCAACCAUCGCGCUGCCUCGGCGGGUCGCGGAGCAAAUCGAGGCGGUCGGCGUCAAGGCCGCUGAGAUGCGGGAGCAAUAUGCGCAAGAGAUGCAGUCCGAGCAGGCCGCAUUCGACAAGAGCCUUGACCGCCUCGAGAAAGUGGUUGGCGGCUUCGACAAGCACACGAGCUUCGACCGUACCAAGGAGGUGGCGUCGGAGGUGCGCCAGCUGCAGCUCGAGCUAAAAGACGCCGAGGAGAAGCGCGCGCGCUUCAACAAGCGCGAGGUCAUCUUUGGCCAGGAGCAGACGGACUACUCGCAGCUGCUGCGGACGAGCAAGGCAUUCGAGCCGUACGCCACGCUUUGGCUCACGGCGGACAAGUGGCUCGAGAGCCAAAAGGAGUGGUUCGGCGGGGCCUUCAACAAGCUGGAGCCCGAGGCCAUGGAGGGCGUGCUGUCGGCUGCGCAGCGGACCUUGUACAAGCUAUCAAAGACCUUUGAGGGGGCGGAGGGCCUGUCUGACAUCGUCACGCGCGUUCGGCAGGAGAUCGACGACUUUUCCCCCAACAUGCCGCUAAUCACCGCGCUGCGCAACCCGGGUAUGCGCGAGCGCCAUUGGAAGCAGCUGUCAGACGAGGUGGGUCAGGACAUGACGCAGGCCGCCUCCGAUGCCUUCACUCUCGAGACGAUGCUCUCCCUCAACCUCGGCGAGCGAGUGGAGACGGUGACCAAGGUGUGCGACGUUGCGGGGAAGGAGUACGCUAUCGAGACCGCCAUGGACAAGAUGGAGGCGGAGUGGAAGGGCGUGGAGCUCGAAGUGGUGCCGUACCGCGAGUCGGGUACCUUCGUCAUCAAGGGCGUCGACGCAAUUCAGCAAGUGCUCGACGACCAGAUCGUCAUGACGCAGUCGAUGGCCUUUUCCCCAUUCAAGGGGCCCUUUGCAGAGCGCAUCGACAAGUGGGAGUCGACGCUCACGCUCAUCUCCGACAUCAUCGAGGAGUGGGUCCGUGUCCAGCGCGCUUGGAUGUAUCUCGAGCCCAUCUUUUCGUCCGACGACAUCAUGCGCCAGCUUCCGACGGAGGCCAAGCGGUUCACCGGCGUGGACCGCACCUGGCGCAAGCUGAUGUCCUCCGCCUCCAACGAACUCGACGUCAUCGCCUACUGCAAGACGCCGCGGCUGCUCCCGCAGUUCCAGGACGCCAAUCAGAUGCUCGAGCUCGUGCAAAAGGGCCUGGCCGAGUACCUCGAGACCAAGCGCGUCGCCUUCUCGCGCUUCUACUUUCUCUCCAACGACGAGCUGCUCGAGAUCCUGUCACAGUCAAAGGACCCGCUCGCGGUGCAGCCGCACCUGAAGAAGUGCUACGAGGCCAUCCACAAGCUCACGUUCGAGCCGGACCUCGCCAUGACGGCCAUGAUCUCCGGCGAGGGCGAGACGGCGUUCGAGGGCGUCGAGGCUAGCUUCAGCUCCGACAUCGCGGCGUGGAGGGCCUACUUUGACUCUGCGGAGACGCACCAAGAGCAGAUUCCGUCGGGGCUACACGAGCGUCUUGACCCGCUCCAGCGCCUCUGCGUGCUCCGCUCCGUGCGACCAGACAAGGUUGUGCCCGGGAUGCAAGACUACGUCAAGCACUACAUUGGCCAGCGCUUCAUCGAGCCGCCUCCGUUCGACAUCGGUGUGUCGUUCAAGGACUCCACAAACAGCAUGCCCAUCGUCUUUGUCAUCUCCCCAGGCUCCGACCCGUACGACGACCUCUUGAAGCUGGCCACGGAGCUGAAGAUGAACAAGAAGCUGCAGGCCAUCUCGCUCGGGCAGGGCCAAGGGCCGAUUGCUGAGAAGGCGAUGACGUCCGCGAUGGAGAAGGGGAGCUGGAUCCUGCUUCAGAAUUGCCACCUCGCCGCGUCGUGGAUGCCAAAGCUCGAGGCGAUCGUCGAGCAGUACGUCCCGAGUGAGAUGCACCGAGACUACCGUCUCUGGCUCACCUCGCUGCCGUCGCCACUCUUCCCGGUCUCGAUCUUGCAGAACUCGGUCAAGAUGACCAUUGAGCCUCCGCGCGGCAUCAAGAUGAACAUGAAGGGUUCGUACAACAACAUCACGGACCCCUACCUCGACGCGCACCCGAAGGCGCCACAGUUCAAGAAGCUCCUCUACGGCCUCUGCUUCUUCCACGCUCUGCUGCAGGAUCGGCGCCGCUUCGGCGCCCUCGGCUUCAACAUCCGGUACGAGUUCACUGCGGGCGAUCUCAAGUGCUGCAUGUUGCAGCUGGAGACCUACCUGGCAAAGUACGACGAGGUGCCGUACCAGGUGCUGGUGAACCUCUUUGGUCACAUCAAUUACGGUGGGCGCAUCACCGAUGACUGGGACCGCCGGUGCGUCCUCACGACGCUGAUGAGCAUCGUCAACGAGGGUAUCAUGUCGGACACCUUCAUGCUCGCCCCCGGCAGCGAUUGCUACGCGUCACCUGCUGACACGAGCGUCGCUGGCUACCUCGAGAGCAUCGGCGACUUCCCGCUGAACCCUCACCCCAACGUGUUUGGCCUCCACGCCAACGCCGACAUCACCUGCGCGCAGAACGAGACGCAGGAGCUCUGCGACAUUAUGCUCUCCCUGCAGCCAAAGGUGUCGACCGGAGGCGGCAAGUCGCGCGAGGAGGUGAUUGCCGAGGUUGCGGCAGGCUUGCAGGCGCGCGACCUGAAGCCGUUUCCGAUGGACGAGAUCGCGGCGCGGUACCCGCUCUCGUACGAGCAGUCGAUGAAUACGGUGCUCUCCCAGGAGUGCAUCCGCUACAACCGCCUGAUCCGCGUGUACAACAAGUCGCUCGCCGACCUGCUCAAGGCCCUCAAGGGGCUCAUCGUGAUGAGCGCUGAGCUGGAGGCGAUGGCGACGUCGCUCUAUAGCAACCAGGUCCCGGCGAUGUGGGCCAAGGUGGCAUACCCCUCGCUCAAGCCGCUCGCGGCGUGGGUCGACGACUUGGCGCGUCGUAUCGAGUUCUUGCAGUCGUGGGACCGUGGAGGGCCGCCCCCGGCGUACUGGAUCUCUGGCUUCUUCUUCCCGCAGGCCUUCUUGACGGGGACGCUGCAGAACUAUGCGCGAAAGCACAAGGUCGCCAUCGACACCGUCUCGUUUGCGUUCCACGUGAUGGCGCAGGAGCCAAACAGCGUGGCGGAGGCGCCCGAGGAUGGCUGCUACGUCUUUGGUAUGUUCCUAGAGGGAGCUGUCUGGGACCCGGACGCCUGCUUGCUGGCCGAGGCCCGGCCAAAGGAGCUCUACUCGGUCUUCCCCAUGCUAUGGUUGAAGCCCGAGGUGGACCGCAAGCCGCCCACCUCCGGCGUCUACUCGUGCCCGCUCUACAAGACUACGACACGCGCCGGCACGCUCUCCACCACCGGCCACUCCACCAACUUUGUGCUGAUGAUAGAGCUCCCUUCGGACAAACCGUGCUCGGGUACGUUCAGCAGAUACGCAGAGACCUUCAGCGCGCACUGGAUAGGCCGUGCAGUCGCGCUUUUCACGACACUGACGUACUGA